GAGGCCCUUGCCGCGGUCGAGGAGUCGAGCCAGGCGGCCGAGUCCGCCGCAGACUUGCCCCGCGGUGGCACCGCCGCCGCGGACCUGCACUUGGUGCUCGCGGAGGCGCUGUGGCAGCAGGCCCACAGGGCCACUGGGGAGGGCACGGAGCUGGCGCUGCCGCACUACGAGGCGGCGGCCGCGCUGGUCCAGGGUGCCGGCGACGCCCGGAAGGAGGGUAUGGUUGCGCUCGGGCACGGCUUCGCCCUCGCGCAGCUGGGGAGGCCGGAGGGCGCCCGUGAGAGGCUGCUGCGGGCGAGGCUGCUCGCCGAGGCGGACGGCAACGCGGGCGCGCUGCAGUUCGUGGACCGGCUGCUGGCGCAGGUGGGGGGCGGCGGCGCGGCGGCGGAGGGGCCGAGGCCGGUCUUGGACGCCUGGCGCCAGUUCGCGGAGGCCUUCUCCGCGGGGAAGCCCGCGGUGCUCUUCUGCCGCGGCGGCAUCGCCGCCCCGGGGGACGCCGCCACGCGGAGGGCCGCGACCAAGCUGAGGGCGUGCGGCUGCCUCGGCGUCGAGGCCCUGGACGUCCUCGCCCCAGGCCCGGGCGUGCCCGAGGGGCUGCAGGGCGUACUGGGCUCGCCGCACCUGGAGCUGCCGCAGCUGUUCGUGGGCGGGCAGGUGCAGGCUGGGUGGGAGGACCUGAGCCAAGAGGCGCUCCGGGGCCUCCUCGGGGCGGCGGGCCUGUCGCUGUCGGAGCCCCCCGGCGCCGAGCCCUGCCACGGCACGGGCGCGUUCGCAGAGGGCCUGGAGGCCUGGGAGGUGGCGCUCGUGGAGAUCAUCUCCAAGGACGGCGCCGGCGAUUGGCCCCGGAUCGCCGAGCAGCUCGUCGGGCGAGGCUUCGGGGACGUGCUGCCGCGCCCGCCUGGCUCCGAGGCCGCCGCGGCGGCCCUGGAGGCCGCGUGGCAGGGCCUCGCCCCGACGGUCAAGGAGAGGCUGGGGGCGCAGCCGGAGAUGCCGUGCGGCCACUCGUGCAGCACGUGCCCGACGCGGCACGAGUGCCAGCUCCACGACGCCGUGGACGGCAGAGCGAAGGACAUCGAGGACCUGGCUUGAGUACUGCAAGAAGAAUAUGCGGGUCUCCUCGGCCAAGUCCAUGGACGAGCUCUGCAAGCCUCUCGUCACGAAGGCGGAGAACAAGAUGCUGUGGGUCCCGCGGGGAGGACGCGGAGCUCCGCCGCGCACGCCCCAGCUGACGCGGCGGUCGUGUCUGGCCCCGCGUGCCCCCCUGGCCGCCACGGCGACUCGGGCAUCGUCGCGCGCCGCACCUCGACUUCUGGCCCUCGGGCGCUGCCUUCCAAGCCCC